AUGCGCAACUACAGCGUGAUGGACGAAUCCAAGGGCUUCUCGAACUUCGCCCUGCUCUACCUGUACAACGCAUUGCGGUGCACCCUGACGCAAGACGCUUUCGAGUCACAUGAAGAUGAGAAGUACCGGAAGGAGAUAUCCCUCGUGCGGCACAACUUGCUGCGGUUGCGGCGGAACAGGGCGGACAGAAACUUGUGGCUGUUCUUCGAGUUCGACCUCCUGGAUUUGCUGGUCUCCGCGACGGGCGAAAUCGAGGCGAACCUGAGGAACUACGACGUGGGGCUUCUCGAAAUGUACAACGAGCUGCGGCUGUCCGACUUCACCUUCAACCGGGUGGCCAACCUGGAGCUGGACAUCUGCGCCAACCACGUCUUCUCGGUGGAGGAGAUUAGUUUGCACCUGACGGUGGUGCCUUUCCUGCUGGAGGAAGCAGACGUAACCGCCCAGUUGUACACGCGGGAAAUGCGGCAGGCCCUGUGGAAGACGCUCAACUUCUUCAACUUCUGCAUGCUGCAAAUCAACGAGCACGACAUGAACAUCGCCAACAUGUACCAAAAGGAAAUAAACGUCUUCCUAAAAGUGGCCGACAAAUUUGACUUCAUAUCGGUCAACGAAGAGAACGUCAUGGAACUGCACGACGAGAUCCAUUUGAAAAAUAAGUAUGGGAAAAAAUUGCUCCGAAAUUUUUUCAUUUUCUUAAAAAUGUUUUUAUUUUACCAAGUCGUUGACGAAUUUGAGUACUUCCACUAUAUAGAAGUGGUACCCAUUUACAUACGAACGAAAAAGGGGACAAUGAAAUCGAGGAGUUACAACAUGGAGAGUGUCUUCUACCCCCUAGUGGAGGGGGUCUACAAGCAGGACUUGAAAAUAAAUGAAGGGAUUCUACUAAUCCGCAUUUUAAAACAGUACAGCAUAGAGAGUCAUACCAAACUGGGGUACUACUACGAUUCUGAUUUUAUAUACAAGGCAAUCAUUUACGAAUCUGUGUUGACUUCCUCAUCAGAACCAUCCUCUGCUCAACCUGGUGUCAAAUUUGAACCCCUUUAUUCGCAGAACAUGGACGUGACCAAACGGGCUCUGCCUGCUGAUGAAGAUCUAACGUUAAGCCUCAUUCUGCUAGCCAAUACGGACACCCAUGUGGACGUUUUACUAGAACAGAUUCACAAUUUUGUUUUUCCAAAGGAUAUCUUUCUAGCCAAUCGGGACUCCAACAGAGAGAGAAUAAAAAUCCUAGGUUCUUGCAUUUACACCAAAGAAUCGCAGCCACCCAUUUUUCAAGGCUUUUUUUCCAGGGGACUCAGCACCUACAUUUUGUUCAAAAUUUUGGACCUCUUAAAACCGGACAAGAAGCUCCUCUACCUCUCCAUUGACAAGGCGGAGGACGCCAAGAACCAAAUCGCCUCGGAGAAAAUCGCCGAGAGAAUCAUGAACGUCACGCAGCAGCUGUACGAGGUCCUCCUCCUCUUCGAGCGAGACGCCAUCAUCAACUUUGACAAGCUCGAGCACAGCGACGAAUGCGACGUGUGCCUGCUGGGCUACCGAGGGCUGUACACCCUGUACGUGUGUAUUUUCAUCCCGAUUUUGCUCAGCAUCCUCGUUUGCUACUGCAUUUACAGAAAAAAAAUGGGCGCCCAAGGCAGCUCGGCUGUGCGGAAAAUUGCCGUGUGCCCCAGCCAGGUGAAGUCCAUUGAGCCGAACAUAGUCCCGCUGCAGUUAUAG